AUGGAUGGCAUGGUGGUCAUCAAUUGGAAAGUUAUUGCUACAUCAAGCAAAAUGAUGUCCCGAAAGCAGGUUGCUAACGGUACGCAGCUACGGAUCACAAUACAGUACGGCACGACGCUUGGAGAGCAAGCGCUCGUGACGGAAAUGUAUGCUGCCACGUGGAGUGUCGGCGUUAUCUAUGAGUUCCUCAAGUACUUGAGAGGUAUUUCUGCAAACUCUACGGGUGUGAAUCACGCCGUUUCGAUGGUCGGAGAAGCGGAAAGAGGAUAG